AUGGCUUCUGCAUCCCCCACUAAACCUAAGCUGUCUCGGAGUAGCAGCAUUGCCUUCCGUCCCCCUCAAAUGCAGCAGUGGCCUCCACCAGUCCAGACUCCUGCUAAGGAGACUAAGAAGCCUGAACCAAGCAGCAGCCAGAAACCUUUAAAGUCAAAGUGGAAAGUCCAUCAGCAGGAGCAGCAGCCACCGGUCCCUCCUUCUGGUAGUGAGAACAAUAUACCGAUCGGUGGCGUCAAAGCUAUUUUGACAAAGUUGCAAGCCUCUCCUCAGCCUCAGCAGCCACAAAAUCCAUUUUCUGUCAAAAACAAGAAACCAGAACCAGGAAGCCGGAAUCCAUUCAUGUCAAAGUUGGCAACAUAUCAGCAGAAGCAGCAGCAGCCCGCAGUCCAGGUAUCUGCUGAGACUAAAAAGCAAAGAAACAACAAAAACUGGGAAAUAUUAACGUCAUCAUUGGAAGGCGUAGAACCGAAUCCAGACGAUAUCAGAAUUGUUCUGAUAGGGAAGACUGGCAAUGGGAAAAGCUCAUCAGGAAACACCAUUUUAGGAAGAAAAGAGUUUGACGCCAAAUCAAGUCAAAACUCAGUUACAAAGCAAUGCCUGAAGGAAAAGACUCAAGUAGACGGUCGCUCAGUUUUUGUUGUCGACACACCUGGUCUUUUUGACAACAGUUUGAGCCAUGAAGAGAUUAAGCAUGAGUUGAUGGGGUGUGUUAAUUUUGUUGCUCCAGGACCACAUGUCUUCCUGCUGGUUAUACGGAUCGGUAGAUUUACACCAGAGGACAAAGAGACAUUAGAAAUGAUCAAGAAAAUCUUUGGGAAGAAUUCAGAAAAGUUCACCAUCGUUCUUUUAACUGGAGGAGAGUUAUUGGAGCACGACGGCCUCACCAUUGAAGAAUACAUUAGACAGGAAUGUGGAAAUCCUUUCAAGCAGCUGGUUGCUGACUGUGGAGGAAGGUACCAUGUUUUUAAAAAUCAGGAUGUAGACAACCGUACUCAGGUCAGAGAGCUGAUUAGAAAGAUUGACACAGUGGUGAAGGAAAAUGGAGGAAAGUAUUUCACCAAUGAGAUGCUGCAAGAGGCGGAGGCUGCCAUACAGAAGAACAUGAAGAUUAUUGCAAAUGAAACACGUCAUGAAAUAAAGGCAAGGGUGGAAGAACUUGAAAGAAAACUGGAGGCUGAACAACAAAUGUGGAAAAUAAAGCCUGGAACGCCCCAGAGAACAAGCAAGCGUCCCAAGCCAAGUCAGUCAAACAGGCCAGAACAGGAGAUCCAGGAGUGCAAAGACAGUUCAGGCAAACCGUCAGACAGGAACACUGACAAGAUUUACAAUGACAACUACAGGAAAUAG